CUUAAGGUAGAAGGUGAGUAGAUAAUUCUGUCACAGAUGAACUGGCCCCCUGAACUCAGCUGCCAGCUCAUGUCCAGGGGACCUUAGUAUCUGGGACCAAGACAUUUUACUACAGUCAUGCCUUUUGCAGGGAGUUGAGCUCACCAGGAAUCAUCUGCCACUUCAGACCCCCUGCUGCUACCUGCCAGGUGGCCCCCACAGCUGAGGAGAAAUGGUGGAUUUCCCAGGCUUCCCGGACUUCUCCCAGCGAGUUCCUCUGCCCAGCAGUGUCUUCUUCCUCACCCAUCUCCUUCUUCUCCUCCAGCCCGGAGAGCUGAAUUCAGAGGAGGUCAGGGUGGUGGGCCCUGGGGAGCCCAUCCUGGCACUCGUGGGAGAAGAGGUGGAGUUCUCGUGCCACCUGUUGCCGUACCUGGAUGCCGAGGACAUGGAGAUCCGCUGGUUCCGGAGUCAGACCUCCGAUGUGGUGCACCUGUAUGAGGGGGGGCGAGAGCUCCAGAGCCGGCAAAUGGCGCAGUUCCGGAACAGGACCAAACUCAUCAAGGAUUAUAUCGUGGAUGGCAGCGUGAACUUGCAGCUCCGCGGCAUCAUUCCUGACGACGAGGGCCUAUAUGGGUGCCGUUUCCUCUCCAGCAACUUCUCCAGGGAAGCGGUCUGGGAGCUGGAGGUAGCAGGGCUGGGCUCAGACCCUCACAUCUCCCUUGAGAGCUUCAAGAAGGGAGGCGUUCAGCUGAGGUGCAGCUCCAGUGGCUGGUACCCCAAGCCCCAGGCUCAGUGGAAAGAUCAUAAAGGACAGUGCCUGCCUCCAGAGAUGGAAGCCAUUGUCCAGGAUGCCCGGGGCCUGUUCAAUCUGGAAACAUCCGUGGUUGUCCAAGGGGGUUCCCACAGCAAUGUGUCUUGCUCCAUCCAGAACUCCCUCCUGCUCCAGAAGAAAGAGUUCACCAUCCAGAUAGCAGACGCCUUUCUACCCGGAAGCUCCCCUUGGAAGAGGGCUUUCCUCGGGACUCUGGGGGGACUGCCUCUGCUCCUGGCAGUCCUCGUGACGCUGGCGCUGUACUUCCUGCAGAAGCAACGGAGGUGCCAAGAAAAGCUGAGGAAGCGGGCUGAGAAGGACAAGGAGAGACUCACAGCGGAGCGGGAGAAGCUUCAGACAGAGCUCGACUGGAGAAGGGCUGAAGGCCAGGCUGAGUGGAGAGCAGCCCAACAAUAUGCAGUGGAUGUAACCCUCGAUCCAGCCUCGGCGCACCACAGCCUGGAAGUCUCUGAGGAUGGCAAGAGCGUGUCCUCCUGCACAGCAGUGCCUGGCCCUGUGGUGGGGGACCCCCAGCGGUUCUCUGAGCAGACGUGUGUCCUGAGCUGUCAGCGCUUCUCUGCUGGCCGCCACUACUGGGAAGUGCACGUGGGCAGGCGUAGCCGCUGGUUCCUGGGUGUAUGUUUGGCCUCAGUUCCUCGCCUGGGGCCGGGGCACCUAAGCCCAGCCAAUGGCUACUGGGUGAUGGGGCUGUGGAACCGCUGUGAGUACUUCAUCCUGGACCCACACCGCAUUGCGCUCACCCUGCGUGUGCCGCCACGGCGUGUGGGCAUCUUUCUGGAUUGGGAGGCAGGAAAACUGUCCUUCUUCAACGCAUCAGACGGCUCCCACAUCUUCACCUUCACCCACCCCUUCUCAGGGACGCUCUGUGCAUAUUUCAGGCCCAGAGCUCACGAUGGUGGUGAACACCCAGAUCCCCUCACCAUCUGCCCAUUGCCUGUUAGAAGGACAUGCCUCCUUCUAACAGAAGAAGAUGAGACUGAUACCUGGUUACAGCCCUAUGAACCCUCGGAUCCCACCUUGGGCCUGUGGUGAGGCACUCUCUUUCCUGCCUGGGUCCUUGGCAGCUUCCUGGACACCUGGCUGGGAUUUGCUCUCACAUUUCCUCUAGAGUGGAGGAAACAUCACCAAAAUGUCAGCAAAGGCUAAAGACUCAGCACAGCAGAAGCAAACAAAAAGAGGAAACUUUACCUAUAGAUGUAUGCAUAUAUAUGCAUGAAUAUAUAUAUACAUAUAUGAUUUUCUUUAAUGAAAAGAGGGAAUUUCAAAGCUUGUUUGUGUGUAUGAUAAGACUAAGCAAAGGAGGAACAAUAAGUUCAUGUUGUUGGGAGCCACAGUGUGUACUGUGGGAGACCAGAAAGAAACUGGAAUGGGGGAAAAAUGGUGGGAAACCUUACUGGAUUGGAUAAGAAGUAUCAGUUAACUUGUAUUUUUUAAAUACUUUCUGUAUAUGUAUUCUAAAAUGUCUAGAAGCAAUGAUACCUCAAAGUAGUGAGUUCACUUGGGGCUUAGAUCCCAGUUUUAAAAUGUCAUUUCCCACUGAAAUGAACUUGGAGAAAUGGCUGAUUCCAGGGUUGGAUCAGAGAAAGUACAGGUGAAUCUGGAACAUCUUGUGUUCAAAUGUGCUCAGGAACUGAUGGGGCCAUAGGAACCAGGGUGAAGAUGCUCCACUGACCAGUUAUGGGACAGUUUGAACUUUAAAAUGAAUCAUGACAAGGAUGAAUAAUGACAAGAAUUGAUCAACAAGGGAUUGGGCAAAUAAGAAAAUGCCCUCUGUGUGCUGAGAGGUUUUUCAGUCAGAGAUGAAAUACAGAACUACAGAAGGAGGAAAGAAGAAAAUGAAAGAGUAGCUCUGUGAACUCACAGUUUUUACAAUGUACAGAUAGGUGGAGCACAUGCACACACAUGAUAAGUAGGGAGACAGAUAGAUUUGUGUGUGCACACGCAUGGUUCCUGGCUCUGUCAGUUUUGACAGGAACAAUAACAGUCCAGUACCAAAGAGCGCACCUAGCAUCCAGAACUUAGUUUUUAGUACUAUUUUCUGCUAAAAGGAACCAAAGCUCCUUCGAGAAGUGAUGGACUCCAAGGCUGAGUCAGGGAAAAUACAAGAUAGGUGUGAUAUUACGAUUAAUGAGAAGUAUAUGGUCUUCCACCUAGAUUCGGGCACAGAACUAAAACCCUUAGAAUUUCCUAAGUGAUAAGAGCUAUCAGGGUGUCUUUUGAUAUUCAUAACAAGCCCCUUUCAACCACACCUCAUUUAUGUUAGUGAAAUGACUUCUGGAAAGCUCCCUAAGGGUGGAGCUGGUUUUCAGGGGAACCAAGUAUGUGAUUAAAAGGUUGACAUUUAGCCCCUCGCCCCACCCCCACCAUCCACCCCUAAACUCAGAGAGUGAAGAGAGGCUGGAGAUUAAGUUCAGUCACCAGCUGUGGACCCACACCUAUGUGGUCAAUUAAUCUUCCACAAAGCAUGAAAGAAUAUCCGAUAGAAAAAAGUCUAUUCAAAACAUUGUAUUGGGAAACCUGGACAACAACAUGAAAAGAAUGAAACUGGACCAUUUUCUUAAACCACACACAGAAAUAAACUCAAAAUGGAUGAAAGACCUAAAUUUGAGACAGGAGUCCAUCAAAAUCCUACAGGAGAACACAGGCAGUAACUUCUUUGACAUUGGCCACAGCAACUUCUUACUGGACAUGUCUCUGGAGGCCAGGGAAACAAAAGCAAAAACAAACUAUUGGGACUUCAUCCUGAUAAGAAGCUUCUGCACAGUAAAGGAAAUAAUCAACAAAACUAAAAAGGCAAUCUACUGAAUGGGAGAAGAUAUUUGCAAAUGACAUAUCUGAUAAAGGGUUAGUAUUCAAAAUCUAGAAAGAACUUAUAAAACUCAACACCCCAAAAAACAAAUAAUCCAGUUAAAAAAUGGGCAGAAGACAUGAAGAGACAUUUUUCUGAAGGAGACAUACAGAUGGCCAACAGACACAUGAAAAAAUGCUCAACAUUGCUCGGCAUCAGGGAAAUGCAAAUCAAAACUACAGGGAGAUAUCACCUCACACCUGUCAGAAUGGCUAAAAUGAACAACAGGAAACAACAGGUGUUGGUGAAGAUGUGGAGAAAGGGGAACCCUCUUACACUGUUGGGGGAAAUGCAAACAGGUGCAGCCACUCUGGAGAACAGUAUGGCGGUUCCUCAAAAACUUAAAAAUAGAACUACCUUAUGAUCCAGCAAUGGCACUACUGGGUAUUUACCCAAAAAUACAAGAACACUAAUUCAAAGGGACACAUUCACCCCCAUGUUUACUGCAACGUUAUUUACAAUAGCCAAGAUAUGGAAGCAAUGCAAAUGUCCAUCAGUUGAUGAAUGGAUAAAGAAGAGGUGGUAUAUAUGUACGAUGGAAUAUUACUCGGCCAUACAAAAUGAAAUCUUGCCAUUUGCAAUGACAUGGAUGGAGCUGGAGAGUAUAAAGCAAAGGGAAGUAAGUCAGUCAGAGAAAGACAGAAACAUACGAUUUCAUUCAUAUGAGUAAUUUAAGAAACAAAACAAAUGAGCAAAGGGAAAAAAGACAAACCAAGAAAUGCUCUUAAUUAUAGAGAACAAACUGGUGGUUACCAAAGUGGGGGGGGAAUGGGUUAAACAGGUGAUGGGGAUUAAGGAGGGCACUUGCAGUGAUGAGCACUGCUGUCGUAUGGAAGUACUGAAUCACUUAUUGUACACCUGAAACUAAUUUUACCCUGUAUGUUAACUAACUGGACUUUAAAUAAAAACUUUAAAAAAAUAAAAAAAAACAGGGGUGUCUAGGUGGCUCAGUCGUUAAGCAUCUGCCUUUUUGGCUCAGGUCAUGAUCCCAGGGUCCUGGGAUUGAGCCCUGCAUCAGGCUCCCUGCUCCACGGGAAGCCUGCUGCUUCUUCUCCCACUCCCCCUGCUUGUGUUCCCUCUCUCGCUGUGUCUCUCUCCGUCAAAUAAAUAAAUAAAAUCUUUUAAAAAAUAGUAAAAUAAAAACUUUUUAAAAUGCUAAGUGAAAUAAGUCAGUGAAGACAAAUACCAUAUGAUUUCACUCAUAUAUGGAAUUUAAGAAACAAAUGAGCAAAGGGGGAAUAAAGAGAGACAAACCAAGAGAGAGACCUUAAUUAUAGAGAACAAAUUGAUGGUUACCAGAAGGGAGAGGGUUGAUGGGAUGGGUGAAAUAGAUUAUGGGGAUUAAGGAGAGCACUUGUGAUGAGUACUGGUGAUGUAUGAAUUGUUGAAUCACUAUAUUGUACACCUGAAACUAAUAUAACACUAUAUUAACAACUGGAAUUAAAAUAAAAACUUUUAAAAAAAUCAUAGCCUUGUUAACAUACCAUGUAUGAUAUUCAGAAAGGGUUGGUUUUCUAUAAUCAUUUCCAUUAGUGUGCAAAUAUUUUGGGGUCCUACUCACAAAUGUUAUAUGAUAGCAUUAAAAAUAUGUUCCUUGACUGUA